AUGGCCCAAGUGCUGGGGUUGCGAAGGCUGCAGGAGUAUUUCCAGGUGCUCAACGCAAUCCUGUCAGACCUCAUGUCUCGCAUCUGGAUGACAUACCGGAGGGGGUUCCCUCCAAUAUGCGGCUCUGGCAUCACCAGCGAUGUUGGGUGGGGUUGCACGCUACGAAGUGGCCAGAUGCUGCUUGCUCAGGCGUUGGUGUACCACCUGGUGGGGAGGCAGUGGCGGCGGAAGCUGGAGGCUGCCUACCCAGAGGAAGUUGCGCAGGUGCUGCAGUGGUUUGGUGACCAGGCCUGCGAGCAGCGCCCCUUCUCCAUCCACAACAUGUGCACCACCGGGCAGACCCAUGGGGUGAAGGCGGGGGACUGGCUGGGGCCCUCAGGGCUGUGCCACACGCUGGCAGACAUGGUCAACAAGGUGCAGCCGGGCGGCCUCCAGUGCCGAGUGGUCGCCACCUUCGGCGGCGGCGCACCGGUGCUCUGCACAUCCAGGCUGGCGACGGCGUUUGAGGGGGGCGCGGAUCGCAGCGGGGGCGAGGUGGGAAGCUCGGGCAGCGAAGAAAGUGGCCCGGCCGGGCAGGGCCUGCUGCUGCUCAUCCCCCUCAUGCUGGGCCUGAACGGCAAGAUCAAUCCGCGGUACUGUGCCCAGCUGCAGCAGCUGCUGACCUGGCCGCAGAGCGUGGGCAUCGUUGGGGGGCGUCCCUCCUCCUCCCUCUACUUCAUCGGCUUACAGGACCAGCAUGUGCUCUACCUGGACCCCCACGAGGUGCAGGAGGUUGCCAGCGAGGCGGCUGACCUGGACACCUACUUCUGCAGCUCACUUCGCCUGAUGCCCCUGGCCAACAUCGACCCCUCCCUCGCCAUCGGCUUCUACUGCAGCUCACUGAGCGAUUUUGAGGAUCUGUGCGGGCGGCUGCGGACGCUGGAGGCGGAGGCUGGUUGCGCGCCGCUGGUGUGUAUGGUGGACGAGGAUGCGGGUGAGCCCAGCUGGCCGGCCGAGGAGGUCCUCUCAGACGAGGGGAUCCCCAGCGAUGCCGACUCCCCUGCGCCCCCCGCCGGUGGCGCCAACCGGGACAACUGGGAGAUGCUGUGA